UUCGAGACUUGGCUGUGCGACACCUGGCACUUCCCAGGUGGCGACAGUUUGGCAGAGAAGCAUAAUAGUUUAUUAUAGGGUUAAAAUCUCAUGCUGGCGUCUCAUACAGAUCCCGCGCUCGAGGAGAAAGUAGUUAAAGAGGAAAAUUCAGUAGCUCCACUAUAAUGACACAGAUUAUCCACCGACUCGGAGGCUCACGUAGAAAGUGUCGUUAUGCUGAGGAGGCGCCGCCUGACUGAGGGAGAUCGAAGUGAACAAAGUCCUUGUCCCGUUGCGCGCGCGCGCCGAGUCCCCGCGAACAUUAGACACAUGACAUGGCCGUCACUUCAGUUCGGCGCGGCUUGUGGCUCCUCAGCCUCUUCGCCGUGCUUCUGGGACUCGGCUGCGCGAGUGAGAGAUCUGGCUCUGAUCAGACAUCUCGGCUAUUGACAUAUGAACUGACCAUUCCCAAGCUGAUAGGAAGGGAGAGGAGACACUUGGGAAAUGGUCUUUUCAAAGAAACCUCUUCAAAGGUGUCCUAUGUGAUCCGUGCCCAGGAGAAGGACCACAUUGUAGUUCUGGAGAAAAAUGAAGUGCUUCUCCCCAAAGACUUCACCAUGUAUUCCUAUGCCAAGAAUGGCUCUCUGGUCACAGACAGGCCCCUCAUGCAGGACCACUGCCACUACCAGGGCUACGUGAAGGACGUGGAAGGGUCCUCGGUGGCCAUGAGCAUCUGCUCUGGCUUGAGGGGUGUGUUACACAUAGGUAACAGCAGCUAUGGGAUCGAACCCCUGGAGUCCGCCUCCAGCUUCCAGCACCUUGUGUACCGACUUGAGGAUGUCGUGGCCGAGCCGCUGGUUUGUGCGACAACCCACAGAGAGGAGGAUUAUGACCCCCAUAUAUCUCAUGAACUUCAUGAACCACUUGUUGGUCCAUUACUCAGAAGGAAGCGAGACAUGCUGCACCAGACUCAUUAUGUAGAGCUCUUCCUGGUGGUGGACAAUGACAGGUUUGCCUACAAGGGCAAAAACCAGACAGCCGUGCAAGAGGAAAUGGUUCAUCUUGCCAACUACAUUGACAGUGUGUAUGUGCCCCUGAACAUCCGUGUUGUGCUGGUGGGGCUGGAGAUCUGGAGUCAAAGGAACCUGAUCAACACAGAGGGCAGUGCUGGGGAGGUGUUGAGUCGCUUUGUCCAGUGGAGGGAGCAACAACUGCUAAGCCGGCACAGGCAUGACAGUGGCCAGCUCAUUCUGAAUAAAAGCUUUGGGGGCACAGCAGGGAUGGCCUUUGUUGGUACUGUCUGUUCAAGAAGUCACGGGGGAGGGAUCAAUGCGUUCACCAGUGGAAACACCCAGUCAUUUGCAUCCAUCGUGGCCCACGAGCUGGGACACAACCUGGGCAUGAACCACGAUGACGAUAGGAGCUGCCGUUGUGCUGUUGACAGCUGCAUCAUGAACUCCGGAGCAAGUGGCUCACGCAACUUCAGCAGCUGCAGUGCGGAUGACUUUGAGAAGCUGAUCCUCAACAACAGGGGUCGCUGUCUGCUGAAUGUGCCCCGUCCUGAGGAGGCUUAUAUCGCUCCCUGUUGUGGGAACAAGCUGGUGGACGUGGGGGAAGAGUGUGACUGUGGCUCUGAAGCGGGGUGUGAGAAGGAUCCUUGCUGUGAAGCUAAGACAUGCAAGUUGAAGCCAUGGGCACAGUGUGCGGAUGACGUGUGCUGCAAACACUGCCGGUUCCUCCCUGCUGGGUCAGUCUGCCGGAACAUUAACGAUGAGUGCGACUUGCCUGAAUACUGCAACGGCUCAUCUGCCCUGUGCCAGAGUGACGUGUACAAGCAGAACGGCCACCCUUGCAAAGACAAUGAGGCCUACUGCUACAACGGCAAGUGCCAGCACUACACCGGACAAUGCCAGGCCAUCUUCGGCACAAAGGCCACUGUUGCCCCAGAGAUAAUCUUCAAAAAUGUUAACCAGAUGGGGGACCGUUUUGGAAACUGUGGCUACCAAGGACAAGGUUACAAGAAAUGUAAGAGCAGGGAUGCCAUGUGCGGGAAGCUGCAGUGUGAGAAUGUGCAGUCAGUUACCGUCUUCGGCAUCCAACUCUCAAUCAUCCAAACACCUGUUGCUUUGACCAAAUGUUGGGAGGUAGACUUCAUGCUGGGCUCAGAUGCUCCAGACCUAGGGAUGGUCAAUGAAGGGACGAAAUGUGGAGAAAACAAGGUGUGUUUGAAUUAUGAAUGCGUGGGUGCCGAGGUGUUAAAAUAUGAUUGCGAGAUCCAGAACAAAUGCCACGGCCAUGGGGUGUGUAAUAACAAUAAGAACUGUCACUGCGAUGACGGUUGGGCACCUCCUUUCUGUGAGGCCAAGGGCUACGGGGGCAGCAUGGAUAGUGGCCCCACAUGGAAUGAUAAAGACACUUCCACCAGAGAUGGCUUGCUGGUCUUCUUCUUUCUGGUGCUCCCACUGCUGGUUCUGGGGGGCUGUGCCUUCAUAAAGCGGAAUGAACUGCAGCACCGGUUUUGUGGUCCUGCCACCUCCUAUUCGUACAAUGGCAUCGACAGUAAAAGCAGUAAAGCCACAGCAGCAAGAAGGAGUCGAAGCCCCCCUCAGAGUAGCAACCACAGCACCAUUGUCAGAGAUGGACGUCAAUUUCAGUUAUUACCACCAGAGGAGGUUGUGCAGACCAGCAGGACUGCUGUGGAGUCAUAUUACCCCAAACCGCCUUAUCACACACGACCACCAGUUGCCAAACAACUUUUGCCUCAAAGACCAGCCCCUCCACCUCCACUAUAGACAGGAGUUUUGGCAGUUGGAAUGGAUGAUCCAGUGUACUGUUUUGCUGAACUUCUUCCCCACCUCUUGUGACAGCAGUCAGCCAGUCUCUGAGCUGGAAGUGCAGUCAGCUAACAAUAGAUCAGUUUGUGCAAUAAGGAACUGUCACUUUAAUGAAAGUGUGGGACCCUUCAUAGGUCUGAAGCUUCUAAUAGGCUUGACUAAAAGAAGAGGACAUCCCUAUAUUGUGGCAAUAAAACCACUGCAGCUCUCUACUUGCUCCUCACUGCUUCUUAAGUGUUAACAAAAGAAUGUAAAACAGCUCCACAUAGUUUAGAAAAUGUGUUUUGGGUGUAAUAUAUGAGUUUUUUGUAAUGAACUCCUUUUAAAGUGCCCAUCGGUCUGCUCUGGAAUAUACUCAAAGCAUGUGCUCAGCUCAUACUGAAACAAGGUCAUACCUGCCACAGAGUUACUGCUCCUUGCCUCUCCACUGAGUGCUACUGUUUUAUUUUUUGUUUUUAUGAAAUGACCUCAAGCUACCGUUUAAUUGCAGGUAUGCUCAAUAUUCUUCAAGACACCUCUUAUUAUUUCUC